AUGGGGAUAGAGGGCAAUGAGGAAGCAGACCGCUUGGCUAAGCAGGCAGUCUCAUCCACUGCAGCCCCAGCCUAUGGUCUCGAGGCCACACCCACAGUCAGUGGGGUCCGCACAGUGGCCAAGCAGCUCAGCCAAGAGGCAAGGCGAAAGUGGUGGAGUGGAGCCUGUGGCAAGCUCUCUGACUGGUACAGGGGCUGGAGUUUCAGCAGGCCGACUGUGGAGUACCAAGUGAAGGCCCCUCCGGAGCUCACCAUGCCACGGCAUGCCCUUCACCGCUGGCUCGCACUCCGCUCCUCUCAUGGGGACUUCUCCUGGUACCACAGGCGUUUCCAGCAUGCAGAUGCGAGGCUCACCUGUGUCUGUGGACACAACAAGAGCCCAGAACAUUUGGUGCUCUGUCGACACUCACAGAGGCACUUUCUUCACUGGCCCAAGAGGCCAGCAGCACGGCCACACAACCGGGCGACAGCUGUUGCCUAUCUAGGAUCUCUGACCCCUACAGACUUUGUAGAACUGCUGGACUGCACGCAGUUCUACACACGGUACUGCACAAGGUAA